AUGUUCACCGUGCAUUUGUUUUUCUUAGUCGUGAACACUCUUGAUUUUGCUUUAAUGAGCUUUAGGCCCUUUAAAAAAUGUAAUUAUUUCGAAAAUAUAGAAUUUAAAAAUAUGAUAUUGAUCAUAUGUUUUCAUUCACGUCUUUUUAGUCGUGAACAACUUACUACUUUUGGAAAACAUAUAAAUGAAGAAUUUCAUUUAUUCAAAAUUCAGUUAUUCGAAAAUUGGCCAAAAAUGAACUACUUAAAUGUUGAAAAGAUAUGGAUUUUUCUUAUGCUACCUACCACAUUAUGUGUUGCACCCAAUAAGAGUCGUCGUGUAAAAACGGAUGAGAUUUUAACUCCAGUAGUGAUGGAAGCAGGAAAAAAAGGCCAAAGACUCAAUUGA